UAGCUCAGACCUUCAAGAUCUUGUGACCCAAUUAUUCAGUCCUUCCAAACAUGACGAUCCACAAAGUCGCUGUCAUUCAACUAAGCCCAAAGGCACCCAAUGGGAUUGAUUCCAAUCAUCAAAGAGCUGUAUCAUUCAUCAAAGAUGCGGCCAUCGCCGGGGCAGACCUAGCUGUCCUUCCAGAAUACCAUCUAGCCGAUUUCGCCCCAGGCCACGAUCCCGAAAUUCGCAAGCAAUGCGCCAACUGGAAGAAAUACCUCGAUGCAUACUGCGCUCUAGCCAAAGAGUGCAACAUCUGUAUUGUCCCAGGCUCUCUCGGAGAACUGCACGAUGAUGGUACGAUCGUCAAUGUGGCGUAUUUCAUCGACAAUACCGGUGCUAUCAAGGGGAGAUACGAGAAAAAGAAUCUGUGGCACCCCGAAAGACCCUUUGUGAAGAGCUCAGCUAAUGACAGUCGUCAUGUCGCUUUUGACACGCCUCUUGGAAAGGUCGGAUUGCUGAUCUGUUGGGACUUGGCGUUCCCGGAAGCGUUCCGAGAAUUGAUCAUGCAGGGCGCGAAGAUGAUUAUUGUGCCUGCUUUCUGGAGAUAUACCGAUGCUGGUGAUGUUGGCAUCAGGCGUAAUCCCAGAUCAGAGGGAGAUUUUGUCGAUGCUGCUGUCGUUAGCCGCGCUUUUGAAAAUACGUGUGCGGUGGUGUUUUGUAAUGUUGGUGGUCCCGAGGAAGACGGGUUCGCUGGUCUUUCUCAGGUUGCACUGCCAUUUGUCGGCCGCGUGGAAAGAUUUGAGAACAGUGAUGAAGGCAUGAAGAUUGUCGAGCUUGAUAUGGAUAUUCUGGAAGAGGCUGAAGGGGAGUACAAAGUGCGGCAGGAUCUUGCGACCCCGAAUUGGCAUUACGGUUAUCGCCAAUGACAGGACAGGACAACUCAUGUACAGUCGACUAGUAGAAUAUGACAGAG